AUGGCAUCUCCUUCAAGCUCCGACUCUAAAUCGGGGGAAGAUAGCAAUUACAGGACACAAUCAAGAACCCCUUCCUGUGAAUCCUUUUCCUACAAGGAGGAACGCUAUCAUAAGCAAAGGAGUAAAAGUCCAACCCACAGGAGCUUGGGGAAUGACGCAAUGAGUAGGGCUUUGUGCCAAAUUUCAAAAUCACCGUUUACGCGAAGGAUUGACAAGGUCAAACUUCCUCGUCGAUUUGCGCAGCCCACUUUUACCGUUUACAAUGGGAGGACUGAUCCAAUUGAGCACGUCAGUCAUUUCAAUCAGAGGAUAACUGUUCAUUCAAGGAAUGAAGCUUUAAUGUGUAAAGUAUUCCCUUCUAACUUAGGGCUUGUCGCGAUGAGAUGGUUUGAUGGGCUGGAUGAAGGCUCAAUUGGCUCUUAUCAAGAGCUCACCAAGGUUUUCAAGGCUUGGUAUUGGGAGACAUUUAAUGAGAUAGAUGGAGAUUUAGAAGACGUGGCAAUAAGGAUGUUUAAGGUCAGCCUUCCUAUUGAGCAUGAAUUAAGGAAGUCCUUGACAAAGAAACUAGUGCAAAGCAUGCGUCAGCUCAUGGAUCGGAUUGAUAAAUAUAAACAGGUUGAGGAUGAUCAGCCGCAAGGGAAGGGGAAGGCAAAAGUGGCUCCCCCUGACCAAAGAGACUUUAGGUCUAAUAAUAACCGACCUCGGAGAGACUUUAUUGGACAUAUUGGGCUUCCUGCUGCCCAGGUGGUUAUCAUAACAUUCAAGGAGCCUGUGCAUCAAAUUCUUGAGAAGAUAAAGGUUGAACCAUACUUCAAGUGGCCGAAUAAAAUGGGGGGUGACCCCACGAGGCAGAAUUAG